CACUGAGUAACCUUGACCGCUUCGGAUAGACAUGGCGCUGGCGGCGGCUGCAGCCUUAGGACGCCUGAGCCUCAGUUGCGCCCGGAGCAGAGCUCUGCUCCUGGGCCCCCGCUCGCUCAGACCCGCCUUCGUCUCGGCCUCUCUGCCGGACCGGCCUGCGCCCGGAGGACGGCGCGUCCACCUGUCUGCCAGCCGCUGCUCCAACUCUAAGGCUGCAUCUCUGCACUGGACUAGUGAGAGAGCUGUCAGUGUCUUGCUACUGGGGCUGCUCCCAACUGCCUAUCUGUUCCCAAGCUCCGCAGUGGACUACUCACUGGCUGCAGUCCUCACCCUCCAUAGUCACUGGGGUCUUGGACAGAUUAUUACUGACUAUGUUCAUGGAGACAAGAUGGUGAAAGGAGCCAAUGCAGGUCUCUUGAUGCUCUCAGCCGUGACCUUUGCAGGACUCUGCUAUUUCAACUAUCAUGAUGUUGGCAUCUGCAAAGCUGUUGCCAUGCUGUGGAGCCUCUGACCUCCCUGGGAAAAGAAACGAUAGAACACCCAUUGCCUCUGCUCUGUCACAUUAACCAAUGAAAAUUCGAGGAAAGUAGCAAUGAAGUCAACUGAUGAGACCUCCCCUGUUCUUCAGUGAGGCUUAGGUAUUUCAACAAUUGAUCUCUAUGAGGAAUAUAAUCCAAGAAGGAUUAGAUUAAAAAAAUUGUGAGAUUGGCUUGUGAUCCAAGUUCUGAUGAGUCACUAAGUUGUCUCAGGAUCUCACUAGAUUUAUAUCUUGCUUAAUCCUUGUAAGCUGCCACAUUUCAAUUAAAUGCUCUCUUAAGAAUUCAGUUAUUCAUCAUUCUAUUGUGACUAGAUCUGUUCAGCAGCCUUGUCCCUCUUAUAAUAUUUCUUGUUCUUGGGAAUCUUGGGCAAAAGAAGACUUUUUGUUAAUUCAUACAAUAAAAAAUUUGCUAGAAAGAAAA